UGCUACAGUGAAUUGGACCAGCGGAAAGAAGGAUCACAGCACAGCGUUCUUUGAUAGUGAGUCUUGCGCUUUGUAUGUGCUAGAGCCGAAGCAACAGAACGCACGGGUGUCAAAAUGUUGCUUCAUGUGCUGGUCUUAUCAGCGUGCCUUAUCGGCGGUACAUUCAGUCGGAAUUUACCAGAGGGUUCAGCCGACUUAGUAGAGAAACUAGGACUUCGUGAUCAAACCAAAGGUGUGAAAAAAGUGAGCAAAUUCUGCCACGAUGCCGCGUACGAGAUUGACGAGAAUGCAAAACUUAUGAUGGACACAAAUCGACUGUUCCCUAAGGGUUUAAACUUAGCCAGUUUCGCCAUCGUGAUGACAGUGAAAAUGAAAACAGGCACAAAGGGUCAUAUUUUCACCAUGUACUCGGAAGAUAGUACGCCCGUACUUGCCAUUCAAGCUAACCCGCUUAAGAUUGAGCACAAGAAUGGUGUUAUUGACUUGAACGUUGAGGAAUACAUCAAGGAUGAAAUGUGGCAUACCAUAGCCAUUGCUGUCGAUGAAACCUCGAUUGAAAUUUUGGUAGAUUGUGAGAGUGUCAACUACCUCAGGGGACCACGCAAGGAAUUAGUUAAUGAGGUUAUCAGUGGUGGUCAGACAUUGCUGGGACAACGUUUCACCGGAGAUAGCUUUCUGGGCUCCGUUGAGGAGGUGACAAUCAUUCCAGGACAGCCUGGCAAAGCUGUGGGAUACUGCAACGACGUCCAGGCUUGCAAAAACAAAGUAACAAUGAAAGAUCGUGCACCAGAGCCCGUCGAGGUUACACCUCAAGUUGCAACUGAUGAUGUCCAAGCAGUUACCGUUAUCCCAGAUGAAUAUGUUGUAUUCGAUGGAAAUACGUAUUAUAUCAGAGGUGAUAAAGGUUCUCCGGGAUCCCCGGGAGCACGUGGUGCGCCAGGAAAAUCUGGAGCAGGGGGAACACAAGGCCCACCUGGACCUCCUGGUUCACCGGGUAACCCAGGUCGAGAUGGCCCUGCAGGUGAACCUGGCCCACCAGGUGCCCCAGGCCCAAGCAUUGACAUUGACAUGGGUAGACUAGCUGGUGCAUGGCGUGGAUCUGGCGGCGAUGGAAAAGGACCAUCACCAUCAUCAAUCAGGGAUAUUUUCAGUAACCUACCAUCUGGUCCAGGCCCAAGAGGGCCCCCCGGUAGACCUGGUAAACCUGGUUCUCAGGGUUAUUCAGGACCCCCUGGCCCACCUGGCCCACCAGGUGCAAAUGGAGAAAUGGGACCACCAGGAACAAACGGACCCCGAGGUCCAUCUGGCAGACCUGGUCCCCCUGGAAAGCGCGGUAAUGAUGGCCCUCCUGGACCCCAAGGUCCCCCUGGAGCAAAGGGUGUUCGAGGUUACGAUGGAAUGCAAGGAAUGCCGGGUCCAAAAGGACACAAAGGUGACAUGGGACCACAGGGAGCCUCAGGAGAGAAGGGAGAACAAGGCGAACGGGGUGACAACGGAGAACAAGGACCACGGGGAGCGCCGGGAGAACGGGGAAACCCAGGUGAACCUGGAAUGCGAGGUCCCCCAGGUCUUCGUGGACAGACUGGACCAGUCGGAGAGAGAGGAAGCGCAGGACCACGUGGACCACAGGGUGAUCCUGGUGUGAAUGGUAAUCCUGGAAGCACUGGUAUCCGAGGACCUCCAGGACCACCGGGACCUCAAGGAUCAACCGGGGCAUCAGGAGAUAAGGGCGAACAAGGCAAACCGGGUAUGCCAGGCUUCCCAGGAACGGACGGUUCCCCUGGUCUUCCCGGAGCUGAAGGUCCAGCCGGUCCAAAAGGAGAUACAGGUCCACCUGGUCAAGCAGGUCCUUCUGGCUAUCCUGGCCCACGUGGCGUGAAGGGAGCAACUGGAACCCGAGGAUCCCCAGGAACCAAAGGAGAACCGGGUGAACCAGGUAUUGCUGGAGAGAAAGGCGAUCAAGGUGCAAAGGGUGAUCAGGGAGCAGCAGGAAACCCAGGAAUGCCUGGCCCAGAUGGUGCUGAAGGAAAGAAGGGUAUUCAAGGUGUUUCUGGACCACCGGGCCCACCAGGUUCUCCUGGAUCAAAGGGUGAUCGUGGUGAAAGGGGAUUGCCUGGUUAUACCGGACCACCUGGACUAAAGGGUUCAAAUGGAGCACGAGGUUAUCCCGGAAGACGGGGCGAGAAGGGUUCAAGGGGAAGCAGUGGUCCAGCUGGACAGCCCGGUGCAAGAGGACGACGAGGUCCCGCAGGAGAACGAGGAGCCCCUGGAUCUCCAGGAUCAUCUGGUGCUAAGGGAUCAGCCGGACAAACAGGAGCACCAGGAGAACGUGGAGCACCUGGAGCACCAGGACCACAAGGUCCACGAGGAUUGCCUGGAUCAGAUGGAAGCCCGGGAGCACAAGGAAAAACUGGACCCGCUGGAUUGCCUGGACCUCGUGGUGAACCCGGUAACCCUGGAAAACCUGGUAACCAAGGACCAAGUGGACUUCCUGGUCCAAGGGGACCUCAAGGUGAGAAAGGACCACAAGGUGAACCCGGACAACAGGGAAGAAAUGGAGCACCAGGUCAACCAGGUGCGCCAGGAGAGAAGGGAAACGCCGGAGCAAAGGGUGACCGUGGAGCUACUGGAGAACAAGGACCCGCUGGGAGUGCUGGGUCACCUGGCGCUGUAGGACCCAAGGGUUCUAGAGGAUUACCAGGUGCGCCUGGUGAAAAAGGAAAUGAAGGACCAGCUGGAGUAACAGGCCCAACAGGACCACCAGGAGCCCCCGGGGCUGCAGGACAACCUGGAAGCGCAGGCUCACCUGGACGUCCAGGUCCACAGGGAGCCACCGGUCCAAGUGGCGAGAAAGGAGAUACAGGACCCGAAGGUGAACAAGGUGAUCCUGGAGCUGAUGGAAAACCAGGCGUACCUGGUCAAGCUGGACCACAAGGACCCACAGGUCCCCCUGGACAGGAAGGCGAAAAGGGUAACCAAGGCAACUCAGGUGAAUCUGGAAAACCAGGCGAUCCAGGCGCCCCAGGAUCACAAGGACCCCCAGGACCUCAAGGAUCACAGGGACAAAUGGGACCACCCGGACCUCCAGGUGAACGUGGUCAACAGGGACAGACUGGACCAAGAGGAGAGAAAGGUGCUGAUGGCCCACGAGGUUUACAAGGACCUACCGGAAAUACUGGCAUGCCGGGGGCACCAGGUCAAGCCGGACCAAAAGGUGAUCGUGGCGAUCCUGGAAGACAGGGUCCACAAGGUGGAAUCGGAGCAAGAGGAGAACCAGGAAUGGCCGGUGAUAAGGGUGAACAAGGAGCAACUGGACCCCCGGGACCAUCUGGGCGUACUGGACAAAAGGGCGAUCGAGGAGAAAAGGGUGAUCAAGGACCAGUUGGUCCCCAAGGUUCUCAGGGUCUCCCAGGUAAUCCUGGUAGUAAGGGUGAAGCUGGACAAGCUGGUGUGCAGGGUGCAUCCGGUGGAGUCGGCGCUCCGGGAAGUCCUGGUGCAAAGGGUGAAUCUGGUCCACCUGGACCUCUUGGACCACCUGGCGGACCUGGCCCAGUAGGACCUAAGGGCGAGCCUGGUAAUGAUGGAAGCGAUGGAUCGAAAGGUGAACAAGGGCCUGUGGGUCCACCUGGGCAACCUGGCGAUGAUGGUCCACCUGGCCCACAAGGCAACCCUGGUAGACCAGGCCCCAAAGGCAGCGCUGGAGAACAAGGCUUGUCAGGAGAGAAGGGUGAUCAAGGACGACAAGGACCUGCUGGUGAAAAUGGACGCGCUGGACCAGCGGGUCCACCAGGUCCACAGGGAGCCCAAGGAGAACGAGGCCAACGGGGACAAACGGGUGCACAAGGUCGUCCUGGAACCGCAGGUCAACCCGGAGCUCGCGGACCUGUGGGUGCUACUGGUGAACCUGGCCCAGCUGGUGCUGCUGGUCGUGAUGGUGCAAAGGGAGAUUCAGGUUUCUUCGGACCACCAGGCCCACAGGGACCUGCAGGAGAAAAAGGUGACGAGGGUGAACGAGGAUCCCCAGGACCAUUUGGACCAAAGGGUGAUGUCGGACCAAACGGUAACCGAGGCCCCUCUGGACCUCCAGGUCCACCUGGACCUCCGGGUGCUACUGGACCAACUGGACCUAAAGGUGAAUCGGGCCCAAUGGGACCAGGUGGCGAUCUAGGACCACCGGGACCACCAGGACCUCCAGGACCUCCGGGAACAGCUGGUUAUUCUCCACAAAGCGGUGUAGGCUACCAACCAGAAACAGGCACAUACAAAGGCCGUGGAAAGAGAGCUGUCGAUGAUUCGAACAAUGCAUUCUUUGCUGGAGCCGAAGAGAUGGCCGCGUCUAUCGAAUCGAUCAAGAAAGAAAUUGAAGAAAUCCGACGACCAAGUGGAACACAAGCCAACCCAGCACGCAGCUGCAAAGAUCUCUAUCUAUGCAAUAAGGGCAACAACGAUGGCAUGUAUUGGAUUGAUCCUAACCAAGGAUGUCCAGAUGACGCCAUUGAAGUAUAUUGUAACUUCGAGGCUGAAGGAGAAACCUGCGUGUACCCCGAUAAAGACAGUAAAAAGGUUGACAAAAAGACGUGGACCAGAGAUUCAACAGAAGAUGUUUACUUCAGCGAACUUAACGGCGGCAAGGCUAUCUCGUACAACGAUGUUGGCAAAGUUCAACUUACAUUCUUGCGUCUUUUGAGCGAGAGUGGCAAACAGAACUUCACCGUGUCGUGUAAGAACUUCAUUGCUUGGUUCGACGAGAGCAAUAACAAUUAUGAUAAAUCUAUGAUCUUGCAAGGAGACAACGAACAAGAAUUUUCAUUUGAAUCAAAUAAGAGCAAAUUAAAGAUAAUUCGAGAUGGCUGUAAGGAAAAAGGCGACGAUAAAACAGUAUUCGAGAUCGAGACGGACAAACUCAACCAGCUACCAAUUGUCGACUUCGCGCCAAGGGAUUGGACCGAAAACGCGGAGUUUGGCUUCGAGGCUGGUCCGCUAUGCUUCAGAUAGAAAUAAACUGAACAAAACAUUUCUUUCCUCAAAACUAUGAAUACACAAUCUAACUCGUGUUUAAAACAUGAUGGAAGGAAAUAAAAUAAAAUUUUGCAAUUUUGUUCGCUUAGAUAUUUCAUCUAGGAGGCUGAUGCUAAAGGUGAAUGUUUGAAAAGUAAUAUUUAGGUUUUUGAGUAAAAAAAAAUAAGAAAAAUAUAAUUUCAUUUAUAGCGUA